AUGUCUGGCAAAAUCACCCGCGUCACCCUCUUCAAGAUCCCCAAACCAGAGGAUCAACAACACCUCAUCGAUCUGUACAAACAAAUGCCCCAAAAGGCCACAAAGGACGGAAAACCAUACAUCGUCUCAGUCCAAGCUGGAAAAGCCAAGGCAGACCAGCGCUCGCAAGGCUUCACAAUCGUAGCAAUCUCAACAUUCGCUUCGCAGGAGGACUUUAACUACUACGACACCCAAUGCGCUGCACAUCUUGAACUAAGGACUUUUGCGAAGAGUGUUAACGAGGGUGUGGCGAUGAUUUACUUUGAGAACGAGAUUGUAUAA